ACAAAGAGCGAAGUUUUCUAAAUGACACAUCGUUGCUGGCGGAGGUGUGGUUGAAAAUUUAUAAACUGCUGUUUAACAAAAGAGCCAGACAUUUGAAAGUGGUGUGAAAUUCAAGCUUGAAUUGUAAUUUAUCCCGUUCAAAUACAACAUUCAACAAAUCGUCAGUCAACAUGGCAGGCAGGCUACCGGCAUGCGUAAUCGAUGUGGGCACCGGUUACUCAAAACUAGGUUUUGCUGGCAACAAGGAGCCACAAUUCAUAAUACCCUCGGCGAUUGCCAUUAAGGAGUCGGCACGCGUCGGCGACACGAACACGCGACGCAUCACAAAAGGAAUCGAGGAUUUGGACUUUUUUAUUGGCGACGAGGCUUUCGAUGCCACCGGCUACUCUAUAAAAUAUCCAGUGCGUCAUGGCUUGGUGGAAGACUGGGAUUUGAUGGAACGCUUUCUGGAGCAAUGCAUCUUCAAGUAUUUGCGUGCGGAGCCCGAGGAUCAUCAUUUUCUGCUCACAGAGCCGCCACUAAAUACGCCGGAGAACCGUGAAUACACUGCCGAAAUCAUGUUUGAGACUUUCAAUGUUCCCGGUCUCUAUAUUGCGGUGCAGGCGGUUUUAGCACUGGCCGCCAGUUGGGCAUCCAGAUCCGCGGAGGAGCGAACACUCACUGGCAUUGUGGUAGACAGUGGUGAUGGAGUGACGCACGUUAUUCCCGUGGCCGAAGGCUAUGUGAUUGGAUCCUGCAUCAAGCAUAUACCGAUUGCUGGUCGCAACAUUACAUCCUUCAUCCAGAGUUUGCUCCGGGAACGGGAGGUGGGCAUUCCGCCGGAACAGAGCCUGGAGACGGCCAAAGCGAUCAAGGAGAAACAUUGCUAUAUUUGCCCAGACAUUGCAAAAGAGUUUGCCAAGUACGAUACGGAGCCAAGCAAAUGGAUUCGUCAAUUUGAGGGACUUAACACCGUCACCAAGCAGCCAUUUAAUGUGGAUGUUGGCUAUGAGCGUUUCCUCGGACCAGAAAUCUUCUUUCAUCCGGAAUUCUCCAAUCCCGACUUUACCAUACCACUGUCCGAGAUUGUCGACAAUGUUAUACAAAACUGUCCCAUUGAUGUGCGACGUCCGUUAUACAACAAUAUUGUACUGAGCGGUGGCUCCACAAUGUUCAAGGACUUUGGCAGACGACUGCAACGGGACAUUAAGAGAUCGGUGGAUACCCGUCUACGGAUUAGCGAAAAUCUGUCGGAGGGACGCAUUAAGCCAAAACCCAUCGAUGUCCAGGUGAUCACGCAUCAUAUGCAGCGUUAUGCUGUCUGGUUUGGAGGCAGUAUGCUGGCAUCAACGCCGGAGUUCUACCAGGUGUGUCACACAAAGGCCGCCUAUGAGGAGUACGGACCCAGCAUCUGCCGUCACAAUCCUGUCUUUGGAACCAUGACAUAAUUAUAAUCCUCUGAUGUUCGUGGCUGUCUGUCAAAAAUGCCGCGCCUAAACUUAUUUUUUAUGUAUUGAUUUGAUUUCCGUUUUUUAAUUCUAUAUGCGACCAUGUAUUCCACGCUAUAGUAUUGCUUAGACAUUAGUAAUGAUUUUCUAUUUGUUAGGCUGUAAAGUUGUCGAAAAAAAAAAAAUAUUUGUAUAUCAACAAUACGCGUUAAAUCAUUUUGGCCAAAUUUUUAUUUCCUGUGUGAUUCGGAUUUUGAAUUAAGCUAAAAUGUGUUUAAAUAACAAUGUCUGCCAGUUAAACUUUUUAUAAGAUGCAUUACUUCUACAAGAUUAAUUAUAUAAUGUGUAACUUUCUUAUGUCCAACACACGCACACACACAGAACACACACACCAAACGGCGCUGCAUUGAAUACCGGUCAAAACCCAAUUUUUAAUUAAAUUGAAAUUGUACUUGUCAAAGUAAUAUUAUAAAUUGCAAUAACUGCAGUUUGAUUACAUGAAGAAGGGAAAAAUAAUAUGAAAACUAAUAUUGAUGAAAAAUCUGUUUGUUAUAUUGAUAAGCGUAAUUGAAGGCAUUCAUUAAAUCAAUAAAACAUUCUUUAAGCCCAAA